AUGUCUGAACAAGAGCGUAUACAGGAAUGCCUGAGGAAGGAAAUAAGGUCACUUCUCAUUUCCACCAAAGAUGGUUUGACCCCACAGCAGUUGGAAAAGGAGUACCUUUUGAUGGUUGGCAACCAUUUGCCGCUCCGAAUCCUUGGGUAUCGGUCCACAAUGGAGCUGGUGUUGGACAUGCCUGAUGUUGUCAGUGUCUGCCCCUGUGGGGAUGGUACUGUAAUACUGAAAGCCAUCCCAGAUGAGUCCACCAAAGGAAUAGCAAAUUUAGUUGCAAAACAGAAGAGCAACCAUAAGGUUCGAAACUCUGUGCAGAAGGGAAGGGCCAGUGUUUGCUCUGGUCCCAGCUCUCGCCGGCGAGUACCUUACCGAGGAAGGGUGCCCCCUAUUCUUCCAGCCGUUGUGAAGAGCGAGUUGAAAGACCUCUUGGCGUUAUCUCCUGUUCUCCUUUCUGAUUUUGAAAAUGCAUUUGCCAAUCGAUUUGGACGAUCAUUCCAGUAUGUGCAGUAUGGCUUCCUCUCUAUGUUCGAAGUGCUGAAUGCUGCUUCAGAUGUUGUUUCUGUGGAGCAGACCAGAGCAGGUUCUUUGUUGACACUGAAGAAGAGUGUAUCAGAGGAAAAGCAGAGAGGAUGGCCUGCAGGUAAGAUUUUCACCCAACCUUUUAGAAUGAAGCAACAAGGGUCAUAUCCCAUAGGCUUCCCAGUAGCAAAGGCAUGCUUUUCAAAACCCACUUCAAACAUGGAACCACCAAAGCAAAUACUGGACAUGGAAAGGAAUUCUAGAUCAAAUGUAAUGGAGACUUCAAGGCUGAAUCACAGUGAAAAAUUAAACCAGUUGGAGAAUACCUUCAAAUCAGUUAUUGCACAAAUUGGACCUGGAGGGACUAUUAAUCCAGAACUAAAACAUAAGAUAAAAUUUGUUGUAUCCAAGUUUCCAGAGGGUUUGCUUAUUUCUAAAUUGCUUAGAGAGUUUGAGUUAAUUUUUAAAGAGCAACUUUCACCCAAAAAACUGGGCUUCUUAAAUGUAAUAGAGCUUGUUGGAGCACUUAGUGACAUUCUCCAUGUUGAGUUCAGGGAAGGAGAACAAGACUUGCUGGUGUUUGAUGCUGAUAUGAAGCCUCUAGCAUCUGAUGGAGCUGUGUCAUCAGUCAGAAAUUCAUUUUUAGUUCAAUCAGAUAAGAAAAUAGAAGCCAAAGCUUGUGUGUCCAAUCCCCCUAGAAAUUCACUGUCUACUGCUGUUAUCAAGGAGACUACUUGGGAUUACCCUUCAAAAAACCAUAAGGAACCAGAACAGAAGAUUUUCAAGAAGCCUAAUCUGGUGGUAAAACCUUUGCAGCUGCAAGUAGAAAUGAACAAAUCCCAGCUCAACUUGGCAAUGGCAAAUCAUGACAUCCCACCAGAUGCUGUGCGGGACAAGAAAUUAUGCAGACUGCCCCCAUUAGAUACCAGUACCCUCGUGGGUGUCUUUGUGGAGUAUAUCCUCUCUCCUAGUCAAUUCUACAUCCGAAUCUACAGCAGGGAUUCAUCAGAGUUACUUGAGGACAUGAUGAUUGAAAUGCGGCGCUGUUAUUCUAAUCAGUUGGUUUCUGAUCGAUAUGCCAUGCCAGAGUGUUUUAUCCAGCCAGGACAUCUCUGUUGUGUAAGGAUUUCUGAGGAUAAGUGGUGGUAUCGGGUCAUUAUCCAUCGAAUUCUUGGGAAACAGGAAGUUGAAGUGUUCUAUCCAGAUUUUGGAAACAUUGGAACUGUUCAGAAGUCUUCCCUGAGGUUCCUCAAGUGCUGCUACACAAAGCUUCCUGCUCAGGCUAUCCCUUGUUCUUUGGCAUGGGUGAGGCCAGUAGAGGAACAUUGGACAUCCAGAGCUGUUUUGCAGUUCCAGAAGUUGUGUGGCUUGAAACCAUUAGUAGGGGUAGUGGAUGAAUAUGUAGAUGGGAUCCUGAACAUUUUCCUGUGUGACACAUCCUCAAAUGAAGAUGUCUAUUUCCACCACGUCUUGAGGACAGAGGGUCAUGCUAUUGUAUGCCGAGAAAAUGUCCCUUCUAAGGGUUUCAGAGACCUCAACCCUUUAGCUUUAUACACUAAAUCCAGUGUGAGGCCUGAGGACAUUGUCCUAAAAGAGCUGGGCUAUCAUUCCCAGCAGCACUAUUUUAAUGAAGACCGAGAGAUCAGUCCACAGUCAAAAGAGAGUGACUUAUAUACCCUGCAAGAUGUUAAUGAUGAAAAGACUUUAAGUCACCUUAAAUCAGUCACCUCAGAGGAGCUAUUAAAGGAUUCUAAAUUAAAUUCUUUGGAAAUACAAGAUAAGAGCUGUGAAGAAGAUCCAAAGUGGUCCAUCCCAGAGCUAAAGGAUCUGAAAGAAGAAAAUGAGGAUGAGAUCCCCACUGGAAUGCCGUGCCUGGAGUCAGUAACCAUAGGUGAUGAUAUUUGGGAUGAGAACUGGUUACCUUUGCAGGCUAAAAUGGGAAAAGAAAGCGAUGCUGCCUCCCACUUGUUUACCUCAAGCCUUGGUGGAAAGAAACCAUAUUCAUCAUGUAAAGAAAUACCACAGAAGGAUUGGUGUUUUUCUAUACCCAAAGAUAUAUGGGAUGAUUCAUGGCAGCCUUCAGGCCUUGUGAAUGGAAUGAAAGUAGAAGUUCAAAUACCAGAAGGACUGGGUGCUCAAGAAAAACAUGUUGACACAACCAGGAUUCAAAAGCAAUCAAAUGUCAAGAGUGCCUCAGAUUCUCCCGUGUUGCCCAAACUGGAGGAGUUCUACAUCUCUCUUAUCCAGUCACAGCAGUCAGCAGAAGGCGGCCAGUUUGAGCCUAGCAACACUCAGACUCCACCAAAGCAAAUUCAGCUGUCCUCACCUCCCGCAUUGGUCAGUUCUGGGUCAGUGGAAGGCUCCCCAGAGAGCCUAGAGAACGAAGAUUUUUCUAGUAGCUCUGCUAUUACAGUGUUCAAAGAUACAAGUCAGGGAGCCGUGGACCAGCUCUCUUUGAUUUUGUCUCCUGAGCACCAGAUUUCUCAGAAGUUCUACAUUCCUCGAAGCACAGCCACUGCUGCCUUAGGAGCUGCCGCAAGGCUCGCCACAUCCAAGAGCCUCCUGCACUGGUACCCCAGUGUGAAAAAGAUGGAAACAUGA